AAUGUGUUAAUUAGCUAAAACUUUCAUCAGCUCCUCAAAACAAACUCUUUCAAACGUAAGACAAAAGGCAAAUUCUGCCAAAGGGAAAAGUGACAAAUUACUAGUCAUUUAGGAGAUGCAAAACAUGCACCUUAGCUGUAAAUGAACAGAUUUCUUGGAACUAUAACCUUUCUCAGUAGUUAUUGAACUUUAAAUACCUCUUACAAUCUCUUAUUAAAUGCCCUCUUACACACCAGCCUCUUACCUUAACUCACUCAGUCUCUCUUGGUACAAAAAACAGAGUUUACCUACACUGCAUAACAGGUGAAAAAGAAUGGGUUUUUCAAGCUCUCUUUUGGGUUCUUUAGUUCUCCUUGUGGUGGUCUAUGUUGCUCAUGGGCAGCCUCUUGUUCCUGCAUUGUACAUGUUUGGGGACUCUGUUGUGGAUGUGGGCAACAACAACCACCUCAUUACUCUUGUCAAGGCAAACUUCCUUCCCUAUGGUAGGGACUUUGUUUCACAUAAACCAACAGGGAGGUUCUGUAAUGGAAAGCUAGCCACAGAUUUAACUGCUGAGAAUCUGGGCUUCACUACAUACCCACCUGCCUACCUUAGUAAAGCUGCAAAAGGGAACAACCUCUUAAGUGGAGCAAACUUUGCCUCAGCUUCCUCUGGUUAUUAUCACAAGACAGCACAAUUAUAUAAUGCCAUUUCAUUGACUCAACAGCUUGAGUACUAUAAAGAAUACCAAAGAAAAGUAGAGAGGAUUGCAGGGAAAUCCAAUGCUUCCUCUAUCUUCUCUCAGGCUAUCUACAUUCUGAGUGCUGGGAGCAGUGAUUUUGCUCAGAACUACUAUAUUAAUCCUCUUCUCAACAGAGUCUACACACCUGAUCAAUUCUCAGACAUACUUAUGCAAUCAUUCUCUGUUUUCGUCCAGAAACUAUAUGGUUUGGGAGCAAGGAGGAUUGGAGUGACAACACUGGCUCCACUUGGUUGUUUGCCAGCAUCCAUCACAAUUUAUGGUGAUGGGAGCAACCAGUGUGUGGCAAGGUUGAACCGAGAUGCUGUUUCAUUCAAUAACAAGUUGAAUGCCACAGCUCAAAGCUUGUUGGAGAAUCUAUCUGGUCUCAAACUCGCUGUCUUUGACAUCUACCAACCUCUCCAUGACCUCAUUACCAAGCCUUCUGAUUAUGGGUUCUUUGAGGCAAGGAAAGCUUGUUGUGGUACAGGGACGAUAGAGACCUCAGUGCUGUGUAACUCAGAGUCUGUGGGUACAUGUGCCAAUGCCACAGGGUAUGUGUUCUGGGACGGUUUCCAUCCCACUGAGGCUGCAAACCAGAUCAUAGCCAAUGAUCUCCUCCUCCAAGGCAUCUCCCUCAUCUCCUAAGCUACAACUCAUGAUUUAAAUCUUAGUAUCUCUCCCAUUGUCUUUUCUAUUGUUAUAUAUAGAAUUACUUUAGGUGCUACAG